AAUGUGGGGAUUAGGUACAGCUGAAAUCAGCAGGUAAUCCUAUACCUGCUUUUCAACCUGUCACAAGACCCUUAUACAAGUUUUUUCCCCUCCAUUUUAACCAAGCAAAUUUUAGUUUUGUGGGUAGCAUUUUUGUUGCCACUAUACAACGGUUAUUCUUCGCGAUUUCAACCGUUACAAGACGCCGUUUUAUAUAUAACACUCAGCAUAAUGUGAUAUUUUAACGUAUCAUUAAGUCGAUACGAGAAAAGUGUUUUCCAAUUUAUUUAAAACAAGUGAAAAAAGUUUUUUCCAAAUCACAGUAUUAAUUCUACGUUAAAAAAUAUGAUGCCUAUAUUUCGAUCUGAAGCUUUUAUUUUACCGAUAGCAACAAAAAUAGACAAAAAAUCAAAUAAUAUUGUCGAUGACUUAUCAAAUCUACAACUACAACCUUGUAAAUCUGUUGAACUAUGUGAAAAGGUUGAAAAUAAUAGUGAAAAGGUUACAGAAUCUAAUAAUAAUGAAAUAUCUACUGGAGCCAUCAAAAAAUCAUGUGAUUUAAAUUCAAACGUUUGUUUACCUAUUCUACGUAUUAAUGAUGUUGAUUUAAGCGAAGAAGUAAAGUGCGAUAUGGAAAAAAACCAAGACACUGAACUAGAAUUAAAUAUUCAAAGUGAUGAAUUGUAUGGUGAUGAAGAUCAUAUUUAUGAUAUACCGUUUUUCCAUUUAAGAAAUGAAGGAGUCUCAGCAAAAAAGGAUGAUGGUGAAAGUAAAAAAGAAAAAGAAACUGAUGUCAUUAAUUUAGAACCAAUUUAUGAAGUGCCAUAUCAAGGAAAUAAAACUAAGCAACCUGCAAAAUUAAGAGAACGGUUUGAAACAGGUGAAUAUGUUACGUUGCAAAUGAUUUCCAAACAAAAAUCUAAAAGUAAAAAUUUUCCUAAACCUCCUCUAAGAACAAGCAGUUUGAUGUCUAUUGAUGAACGAGAAGAAAUGUCUGACAAUCUAAAUGAUGAUCUUUGUUGUCAUGGAUAUAAAUAUGGAUGCACCACUACUACCAAAAGACCUGAAGAAAUUUCAAAAGAAAUAUUUGAAGUCAAUUGGAUGAAAAAAUUAGAACAAUUACGGGCUAAAGAAGCAACAUUAAAAGAUAAGGAAACUUUAUUAUUUGAAAGAGAAAGAUUACUUUUUAGAAAAGAAAAAGAACUUCGAAUAUUGGAGAGACUUAUAAAAGAAAAAUUGCAACAUGUUGAAUUAUGUUCAAGGCGUUAUCGAUCCCAAAGUAAUGAGCUUAUUCAUGAUCAUGAAGCAGAUAAUAAGUUUGUAGAAAAGUCCAAAAAUUUACAUGCUUUUAAUCAUCAGUUUAAUGGACAUGUUCGUUCAUUAGAGAGUUUGGAGUCUUACUCUAAAUCAGAUCAACGAUCAACAGGGAAUAUAACUCGAGAAAUAGUAACUCAAGAAAUUUUGAAAUCAUAUGGAUCUUUAGGUUCUGGAAUUAGUUUAGCUAAUGAAAAGAAUAUUAAAAAUCCUCCGAAUUCACGAAGUUCUUUAAUGACUGCUAAACCAUCCGUUGAACUCCAACCACAGCUGACUAAAAUAGAAAGUGAAUUUUCUCAUUUUACGAAUCGACAUUCUUUCCAUGGAUCAAGUGCUUAUGAUAGUACGAGGAUAAAACGUAAACCUAAAAUUCACUAUGACGAUUUAGACUCCACUCUUUCUGCUGACAUUGGAGAUUCAUCGUUCGUUGUUACAUCAAGGAAGUUCGACCCAGAAGUUUUUAAAAAACCUUAUGCUUUUACGAGAACUCUGAGUGAACGACGACCCAGACCAGUGUCUGAAAGGAUUGUAGAUAGUCAAGAUGAAGAAAGAAAGCUAAUAAGACGAAUUAACGAUAAUGUGUUUGGAUCUUAUGAUGGAAAUGUUAAAUUUCAAAAUUAUGGGCUGAUUGAUGUUCAUAAAAGUGGAAAUGAAAAAGUUGAAGGAAGGAAUAUUACUAAUGAUAGAAAAGCAUCAACGUUGAAUCUUAAUGAUGAGAAGAAAAAGAAAAAUAAUAAGAAAGAUAAAAAAAUUAAUAAAGAUCGACCUUCUUCGUGGAAUGAAGCAACUGAUGAAUGGCUACAGAAAAAGAGACAAGCUUAUAAUAUGCAAACAGCAAAGAGGAUGUUACAAACGAACUUUGACAAUAAAGAAAAUCAUGGAAGUCAAUUAAAAAUAAGCCAUGAAGUACAAAAAAAAGUUUCUAAAGAAAAGAAAUUUAAUAUAUUUUAAAUAGAUUAUUUUUUUAUCUUGCCAACCAAUUACUGUCUUUAUAUAUAGAUUUAUAUUGUAAUUAAUAAAAUUUGUUAUUUAAUUGGAAUCAA